AUGACCAUGCCGAAAUUGGAGAUGAACGCCAUAACCAUGGCGGAGAUCCAUAAAAUCAUUGGUGCCUUAGCAGACGAAGAAGUGAUAAUCCGCUUCGGAUACAUUAACACGAAGGAUAAUUCGGCUGAUGCUGCAAAAAGAGACGAUGAAACAGUGAAGGUCUACGGAAUCAUUCUAACUCGCACCACAACAAAGUUGAUCCAUCUCGACUUAGUUCCGGACAUGAGCACAAAUCAGCCACUACUGGCUUUGCGCCGAUUCUAUGCGCGACAAGGAGUACCUGCAAGUGUGAUGUCCGACAACUGA